AUGGGAACGUCAUGGCUCUGGAGAAGGACGUGGGGGGUAGAGAAGGGUGUACCGGCCGGUAAAAGAAUACAUGGGCCUCGUUGUUUCUGGACGGUAGUUGGUAGGGAUGGAAGUUGUGGGUGGGGGUGUUGUUUGCCUAGAUCCAUGUAUCGAGUUUGUUCCUCACGCUGUUCAAUUUUGAAAAUGCCGAGUCAUUCACGUAUUCUUGUUUUUUCUUGCUUUAUUUCUUUCGUAUUCUAUAUCACUAAUCGAUGA